AUGUUUUUUGACUGGCGAUCUAGCCAGCCUGGUGGAGGGUCAAGUCAGCAGUGUGUAGCUGUUAGUAUUACACAUACCGAAUGGGAGGAUAAAUCAUGUGACGACAAUUACGACACAGUCUGCCAGAUUUAUGUAGCUGACCUAGAUCACUGCACCUACAACCCUUGCCAAAACGGGGAGUGUGUGUCUAGUCAGGACACUUUUGCGUGUACGUGUAAUGACGGCUGGUCAGGAGAACUUUGUGAUAAAGAAUGGAAGUGCACGUCGACCAAAUGUUUCCAUCUUUUGACUGAGGAAAACACGUUCAGCGAUGCAGUCGCUUACUGCGACAGUCUUAAUCCUGUAACUCUAAACCAGACCAUCGUAACCGGGACGAGGAAUGCGUCCAUACUCUUUGUUGGUUCCGAUGCAGAUAUCAACGAGGUCGAGGAUCUAUUUGAUUUCUUCUCGUCAACUCGUCAUGUAUGGGUGAACUGCUUCGAUGAUGACUCGGAUACGAAUUUUGUCUGCACGGCUGAUGACGAAGGGACACUGACGGAUAUUAGAAACUGGGAAUCUACUCAACCAAACGGUGAUGGUAGUCAAGACUGUGUUGCCGUUGUAACAAAUCACAAUAAAUGGGAGGAUAAAAGAUGCACCGAUACGUAUAACACUGUUUGUCAGAUAUACAGAGUACCGAUUGCUGAUAUAGACGAGUGUGCUACUGACCCCUGUCAAAAUGGCGUAUGUACGGAUGGUUUGGGCGUUUUCACUUGCACAUGUGAUGAAGGAUGGGGAGGAGAUAUAUGUGAUACCAUAGUCGAAUGGAAGUGUACAGCGACCAAGUGUUUCCAUCUUUUGACUGAGGCAAGCACUUUCAGCAAUGCAGUCGCUUACUGCGACAGUCUUAAUCCUGUUACUCUAAACCAGACCAUCGUAACCGGGACGAGGAAUGCGUCCAUACUCUUUGUUGGUUCCGAUGCAGAAAUCACCGAGGUCGAGGAUCUAUUUGAUUUCUUCUCGUCAUCUCGUCAUGUUUGGGUGAACUGCUUCGAUGAAGACUCGGAUACGAAUUUUGUCUGCACGGCUGAUGACGAAGGGACACUGACGGAUAUUAGAAACUGGGAAUCUAGCCAACCAAACGGUGGGGGCAGUCAAGACUGCGUUGCCGUAGUAACAGAUCACAAUAAAUGGGAGGAUAAAAGUUGCACCGAAACGUACAACACUGUUUGUCAGAUAUACAGAGUACCGGUUGCUGAUAUAAACGAGUGUGCUACUAACCCCUGUCAAAAUGGCGUAUGUACCGAUGGUUUGGGCGUUUUCAUUUGCACAUGUGAUGAAGGAUGGGGAGGAGAUAUCUGUGAUACCAUAGUCGGUAAGUUUUAG